AUGGUUAUGCUUCAAAGCACAACCGAUACACCCAAAACAACUGAAAUACCCAAGAAAGAGAAAGAAAUGCAUAAAAUGUCUUCUGAUUGUUUAUGCGAUUUAACUAGCGAAAAAUGUGAUAUAAACUGCUGUUGCGAUGUUGACUGCAGUGAGUCCGACCACACAACAUUUGCCUUUUGUUCACCUGACUCAACAUAUCCCGUGCAACACUCGGGCCUAUGCUUCUCACAUCAAUACAUAUAUAAGAACAAUACAAGAUACAAAAUUAAGAAGAACGAUAAUGGAAUCUUCUGCAUUUCUAAGGACAAUUUUCCUGAUAGAUUACAUUUUGUUAACCAAAAGAUAAUAAGCUCCAAUGAAAGAUUUUCCAAAGUUUGGGGUAGAGCGAAACAUUUUACAUGGGCUCGAUCUAACGAAGAACCAGAUUUUAAAUUUGACAACACUACCAAUUAUAAGUAUGGGUCAUUACUUUGGAAAUUAGACAACUUGACAAAUGAAUUGAGUGUUCUUAAGGUGCCAAUACAAGUAACUUCAAACUUUUGUUCUGGAACAAGAACAGUCGGUUACCUUGAAAAUUUUAAUGUUAAUUGCCUACAAAAGCCACCAAAGGAUAAAACCAGUUGUGAGAACCUAUUUAAUUUUAAUGCUCAAUUUUUUUGCAACAACUUAAAAUUAGUCGGUAACCCGACAAGUUUCAACAACAGAUCGAUUGAUGAGGAUAUAGUUGAAGCAUUGGUUCAAGUGAAACCAUUCAUUUGUACUAAAUUUGGCAAUUGCUUAGAAGUUCCUUCUCUCGAAGCCCCUUUUUACAACGAAUCUUCCCAGACUUGCAUUAAUACAUUGAAAAGUGUUACCCUCCUCCUGUACCACAAUGGUUCUGGUGGUUUACAGGAAGGAGAAUGUUUUGUAUCACUUCAUGAUGUAAACAUUCUGAGCGAGCCUUUUCAACAAUACUUUCAAGUUCAGUACAAAUGGGUAAAGGACGAGUCGAAUGUAUUUCACAGAAGUGGAACACCAGGAUAUAUUGUGGGGAAGCCGUUGAUAAGUGGAAGGAAAGCCAUCAAGUCCAACAAAGAAGUGACGAUUUUCAGUAAAGACCAAAAAGACUGGAUCAGCUUAGCAAAAAGUGAUUCUAGAGGAGGAUGCCUAGAGAAAACAAACAUACUGUUUGGGGAAAACUUGCAAACGAAAUGCUAUUUUUAUUUCAAUGAAAACAGACUCAACAAAAUAAGAAACUGUUCUAUAUUACAUAGUGAGAUAUGGACAAUUCUAAUGGGGGAUGUGAAAGUGAAUGUGAGUGAUACACAAAUAUUGGAUACAUUAAUUGCCAGCUUUGGUGACCCACUGCCAGAUUACCAAGAAAAUUGGGUCCCCGUGCAUAUCAAAAAUUCCAACAGUGACUUCAAUAGCAUCUUUGCACCUUGCAGAAGUCUGCUGAGUGGAGUCAAGUACCAGUUUAUCUAUUCAUAUUUCGGCCCAUUCUCCAAUCCCCAGGCUAAAAUAAUCGGCGCCACAGUCGAGUUUCUGAUGGACAAAGCAUCCUGCUCUUCUCAAAACUGCCAGUUAAAAUUGACUUCAGCAGUCAACUAUAUCGACGUUUCCCGAAACGCGGUCAAUAAGUUUGCAAAAGCACCUGUUGUUAAAAUUAAGUUACCACAAGAUUUUUUUUACCCAUUUUCUUCUAAAUGUAUUAAAAGCACAUUCUCACCUUUUUUAAUUAUCACAAUUGUUUUAAGAUUCUUAUUUUAAACAUUUAAAGAAUAAAAUAUUUAGUUUCUUCUCUUGUGACAAAAAUUCUAAUGUGCCUUACAAAAAUGUAAAAUGUUGUACAUUUUAAAUUAGAAUGUAAUAAAUAAAAUUGUCAUAUUUUCAUACUGGGUAUCUUAAAUUGGGUAAAAGUUAAUUGUAACAUGUCCCAUAAGCUCAAGCCAUUUGAAAAUACUAGUUUAUAAUUUUGUAAAAAUAAUAAUUUUUAUCUUGCAAUUUA